GUGCAUAGUACAGAGACAGUUGUGCGACGGUAUUCUAGCAUGUGGAAUGGAGUGCGAUAAUAAGAUGUGAGGAAUGGCCAGUUACGUGAGGUUGGUGGGCAGACUGGUCCACAACCUGGUGGCCCGGGUUGGCGAAGACCUGGCCGACUGCGCUGUCUUCUGUCGCCGGGGUCUGGUCUACAAACUGCGCAGCUUCAGGCUGAGAUAUGACGACGUGGGACCGAGCGGAGUACAGGAGUUCUAUCUACUUCCAGAGCAAUUGGCAUUGCUUGUGGAAAGUGUCCAGAACAAGCCUUGGUUUUGUGAGCUUGACCGCAAAGCAGCACAGGAUCUCGUACAUAGUGGAGGUCCCGGUUGUUUUGUAGUCCGGCCCUCUGCCUCCACCCGGUCCCUCACUCUCACAAUCUGGUUCCAUCAUCGGGCAUACAACAUACUCAUCCGCCAGAGGGAGGAUGGUCUGCUAGCCCUAGGGUCCAAGAAGGACCAGGAAAUGACAUUUCGCUCAGUGGAAGAGAUGGUACGCCACUACGAGAUAGAGCCACUCAUCUUGUACAGUGGAGGGGAGCUGACAGGACGGACUAGACUAAGAGCUCCACCUCCAGGGCUAGUUGGAGGUCGCGCUUCAGCUUCCGGCAGCUCAGACGGACUACGCAGGAGUUCCAAUGGCUCGGAGCAAUCCCGACGUUCCAGCUCGGCAUGUUUGCGAACCACUGGAAACUGUGAUGUGCCUUUCAGUUCUACAACAGUCAAAAGAGAUCUUCCCAUUGCUGGUGUUGAUAUUGCAAAACCCAUCCAGAGACAUUGUAGUUUGAGAAAGUGUUCCUCAGCAGGGAAAGAAAUUGUUGAGGGAGACAUCACUCCAGAGGUUUCUACACGGAUGAAAGACAAAUGUGUGGAUUCUACCUUUUCAACGUCAAAUGCACACCAGAGGACAAAACGUUCAUCAGUUCCUGGGAGGGCUGUGCCUUCUCUCAGCUUGCCUUUGACCAAUGAUCCUAAUUUUGACUCUACAUGCUUGUGAAUACAACAAAUGGACCUUCCUAUGUAAUCACAUGUAAAUUUACU